AUGGCGGCACAAUUUCGAGCGAAGAAGCUCGAUUUAGGUGGCUUCAUCAACAUCAAGAUCAUCCGGGACCAUAGCAAGCGAAAGGCCUAUGAGAAAUUUGAACCCCAAAGGCAAGCUCUACGAUACGUUGUCCGUAACACGUCCCUGCCGCAAUGGAUGCGAACGCAAGCACAGCUUGAACUCCAGAAAAUGCACUGCUACACCAGACCUACCCAAAUCAAGAACAGAUGCGUAAUGGGUGGCGUGGCAAGGAGUGUGUUUAGAGAUUUCAAAAUGGGUCGUUUUAUGUUCCGAAUGCACGCUCUCGAAGGAUCAAUACCCGGUGUCAAGAAAGCAAGUUGGUAA